AUGAUCGCGACUGUCGAUUCAGGCCUCUCUGGCAUCAAUCUCAACGAGAUCCGCCUCUCUGUCGACGACACCGACGCUCACUCGGACGACGGAUCGGGAUCCUUCGCGAGCGCCACCAGCAGCCCAAGGCGUUCGAUCGACGACGACACCCCACCCGCCUUUCCCAGCCUCAACAGCGCUCAGCGACAGAGCUCUGCGUCAACAAGCACUGCUCCACGCUCGCCUGCGCCAACCAAAGCGGCAGCUUUUCUGCAGGCCGUCGCACCGCGUCCUACCUCGACCUCCUCGAAUUCCCUGAUGGCCCCGCCACCCACCUCGGCAUCGUCUCGCAGCGGCGGACUCGCAGCACCACCUUCCACAUCGGCGCUCACUGCACCCUUGGGUGUGGGAGGAGCAUCGGGUGUGCAGGGAGAUGCUGGAAAAAAGCGCAAAAAGGUGGCGCUCGCUCCCGGAUGUAGCCCUCUCGACUGGGCAAGACUCAAGAACAGCACCGACCUCCGAGGAGGCGUCACCUCGUUGCUCAGAGUAACGCCGUCCGAGCUCAAGAAACACAACUCCAAAGAAGACGCCUGGUCCGCCUUCUAUGGCAAGGUGUACAACAUCACGCCCUAUCUCCGCUUCCAUCCUGGCGGCGAAGACGAACUCAUGCGUUGCGCAGGCCGUGACGGCACCCGCUUGUUUGCACUCACCCAUUCGUGGGUCAACAUCGACUCCAUGAUCGACACCGCCAUGGUCGGCGUCCUGACAUCCGAGUCCUGA